AUGGGUGCAAAAGCAUCAUUACAAAAACAUCUACUUCAUCAACAACAUUCACCAGAACAAAAUUCUUGUUCAAGUAGUAGUCGAAUUUCUUCUAGAUCGGAUCAUCAAAUAAAUCUUGUUGGCAAUGAUAUUUCUCGUUUUACUAAUGUAGAAAUAUCAAAUUUCUAUAGACAUCAUCAUUUUACAUCUUCAUCUCGUGAUCAAAAAUCUGAUCAACAAGUAAAAGUACUUGAAUCAUGUUCAACUGAGAAAAUUGAAAGAAGAAAAAAGCCAAGUGCUUCUCAAAAUACACAAAAAAAACAACUUGGUGUAAGAAAAAGUCGAUCAACUGAUAAUAUGUUGUAUACAACGACUCUUAUUACAGUUGAACAAUUAUUAAAUAAUCAUGCUAAACAAAGACAACAACGAAAUCCAUCGCCAACUUCUUUCAUCUCUGAACAAUUAUUUCCAAGUGAAAAUAUUGAAAAAUCAUUAUCAACAACAUGUUUGAAUCAAACAUUUCCUUCAAAAAUCACAAGAAAAAAAAUUUCACCAAGUCUUAAACUUGUUUUGAUUGAACCACAAGAAUUUCAAAAUAUUGAUGAAAUUGGCAAAGGUCAUUUUGGUAUUGUUUAUCAUGCAUUAUACAAAGGUAAACGUGAUGUUGCAUUAAAAACAUUAUAUAUUGAAGAUGAAUAUUCGUCAAAUUAUUUAUUUAAUAGUUAUGAUGAAAAUAUAUAUGAAUUACUUUAUGAAGCAUAUAUAAUGACACGAUUAAAACAUCCAAAUCUUUUACGUAUAAUUGGUGUUACAUUUUUUGGAGAUAAACAACAAUUAUGUUUAGUUACUGAUUUUAUGAAAAAUGGUUCAUUAUUAAAUUAUUUAAGAAAAAAUCGAGAAAUAUUUUUUCAAUCAGAUUUUCAAUAUAUAAAUAAUAAAUUAAAUAAAUUUGGAAAACAAAUAUUUGAUGCUAUGUUAUAUCUUGAAGAACGAAAUAUUAUUCAUAGAGAUUUAGCAGCAAGAAAUUGUUUAAUUGGUCAAGAUGACAAACUUAAAGUUGGAGAUUUUGGUUUAACUAAAUUGACCGAUCAUGGCUUGUACAAAGGUACGGCUCGUUCAGUAUGUGCUCCACGAUGGACAUCACCUGAAGCUUUAUUUUCAUCGAAAUAUUCUUCUCGUUCAGAUGUCUGGAGUUAUGGUAUAACUCUUUGGGAAAUAUAUUCGUUGGGUGAACGACCAUUUCGAAACGUCAAUAAUAGUGCUGUUCAAAUUCUUUUAAAAAAUUCAUCAGAAAAUCUUACUCAUUUUCUUCCACAACCAGAACAUUUUGGAUCCACUGAAAUAUAUACGAACAUUAUUCUUCCUUGUUUAACAUAUAAUGUUGCAAUGCGACCACGUUUUCGUGAUUUAAGAGAACGUCUAUUAACUCUUCUUACAGACAAAGAUUAA